ACGAAUAUUACCACACUGAUAGUCCGUUAUGUUUACUCCAGUUCUCCAAAAUUAAAUAAAAAUGAACGAAACCAAAAAAAGUGUUUUGAAUAAAUCCCUGGCAAAACCUUUGGCUGCAACUGCGGGUUUAUUAGGAUUGAUUCAAGGAAUUGCUUGGACCAUUUUUGCAGUGUUGUGCAUUUCCUGUUACACUGGAAUAAUACAAAUCGAUAGAAAUGAAAACCCAGAAGAAUAUUACAAAAUCAUUUAUGUCAUUUUUUUAAACGAGUCGACAAACACGAGCAGUGAAUUACUGAUAAAACCACAAGAAUUUCUUAUUUUUAUGUGUUUCUACGUGGUUUUUUCUGUAAUUUGGUUGUGUAUUUCUGGAAGUGUUAUUUGGGCAAUGAUUCACAAUCAAUGGCAUCUUACGAAAUGUUUGUUUGGGGGUUGGUCAACCACAACAUUUAUUAUUUGUAUCGUCGACAUUGUUUUAACUAGUUUAUUAGGACGAGAUUACGCCAGAAUUGAGGAUAAAGCCAAUUUAUUGGUUCUUGUAUGUUAUGGAAUUGUGAUGUCACUAGCAUGUCGAGGCUACGUCCUAUGGGUUGUUAAUCUCGUUUUUGCAACUAUUUUACUGAAAUUCACCAUAAAAAUCGUGCUUAAAGAAAAUGAAGCUUCAGUCAUGCCCAUCAUUCACGGUUACGAAUCAAACAAUACUCCACCAUGGUUUAAUGAUUCUGACAAAGACCUUUGGUCAAGUCCUCCAAAAUCUGAUGGUUAUGACAAUCAAGGUUUCACAAGGAGUGAUUCCUUUUUACCUGCGUCAACUACGCAAGAAAAUGUUUACAGUUUACCAAAUAGUGAAGCUGAAUUUGAUAAUGAAAACUUCUUUUCUGGGCUUAGAAUGAAUAAAACAGCAAAGAUUGGGAAACACAAAUCUAAUUGGAAUCGUGUUGAAGGACCGAUAAUUCCUGAUCCUGAUUAUUCACCACCAAAUACACCCAAAAGUAUAAAGUCGGUCUUGAGAUCGAAAAGCAAUUAUGACUAAAAAAUUUAUUUUACUUUGUUGGAGUUAUUGUAAAAUAAAAAUAUAUUUUUUA